AGCUAAGCCGCGUGUUUUUGUCUAGUCGUUUUGCUCUUUCCCUCUCUCUCGUCGCCUUUCAACGUCCCGUCGUUGUAGGCGGCAACAUUCCUGCUGUCUUCGUUGUCGGCGCGUCACUCCGACGUCAUUUCUGUCGCCCAGCAGUGUUCGAGCAACUACAGGCCUCGCCUGAGGCGUGAAAGCGCCUGAGAGGCCAUAACUGCCGGCGAGAAGGGUUCUUCUCUCCCCGGAGGCUCGAACCGGCGUGGGACAGAACGGUCGUGUGUGAGAUGCCGCGUCGUGACCGCGAAGGGGCGUUGGACUGCCCCAACUGCAAGGUGGGUGGCGCAUGUGGGUGGUAGAGAGGCCACAUGUGGGCUGGGGAGGGUGUUGGUCGUUUCGAGAGGUCAUGUCUCACUGUACUGUGUGUCGUGACUCUGUGUCUGACAUGUGUGACGUUCAGUUGAAGAUGCCGUGUCGUAAGCAUCGCAACGGCAUGGCGGGAGACAUUGUCAAGAAGGUGCAGAACCCCAAAGAGGCCCUUGACAGCCUGUAAGAUACCACCACCCUCGCACCCACCCAUAUCCCCCAGUGGCCAUCAUCACUAUGUUUGCGUGUGUGUCUGUGUGUGCGUCAGGUACAAUGACAUCAUAGGCAAGAAGCUCGAGCGUUUCCAGCGCCGCGAGGAGGCCAACCGCGAGUCGUCCUACUGGCACCAGGAGCUCGACAAGCAGCGGAAGAAACUUCACAAGGAGGGAAGGUAGGCUUGCACACCCCACACACCCACACCCCCUCCCGGACAGUGCUUUCACGCGUCGUUGCUGUCUGUGCCUUGUGUUGUUUUGUCUCCCUUCUCCGCUCCCUGUCUGGUUGCCCGCCUCUUCGUGUCGCCUAUCAAUGGCCGGGUCGCCGCACACCCUGAACAUGCACACGGGACGUGAAUGCCUGCAGGGUGAUCAAGGACAAGAAAAAGCGGCGCAAGAAGGACAAGAAGCGACGCAAGAAGUCCAAGAGGGGCCGCGACAGUGACAGCGACAGCAGCGACUCGUCGUCCAGCAGCAGCAGCAGCAGCGACAGCUCGGAUUCAGACCAGUCCGACGAUGAGGUAAGGCGCUCAUGCACACGCACACACGAGUGGUUUGUUCUCACCUCUAUCGUGCGUGUCUGGUGUGUCUUGUUCGUCCAUCAGCGUCGUUUCCGCCGCAAGCGCAGGCGUGACUCCGCCGCCGACGAGAGCGACUCAUCAGACGAGGUACGACACAUACAAAGCCACCCCUCACAACACAUCUCCCAUUUCCCAUUUCCCCCUGUCGACACUGGUGUGUUUCAGUCCCGUGAUCGUGACCGUGAUCGCAAGCGUCACCGUCGCGACCGCCGUCGGAAGGACAAGCGUUCCAAGAGGAGCCGCAGCAGACGCUCCCACUCGCCCUCCAGGAGCAGGAGCCGCGACGACGACUAUCGCAGGCGGAGGGACGACCGGGACCGCUAUGACGACGACCGUGACAGCCGGGACAGGUAUGCCACAGCAAGAAAGGCAGACCGGCCCUGCAGCACACUGCAGCAGAGCAAGACUGCGUGUUUGUGGUAUGCUGGCCGUUCUCAGGUCCGACGAGCGUGACCGCUGCGAGCCGCCGCGUGACGGCCCCGACCGCUGGACCCCCUCACCGCCACCCGGCGACCUCGCAGCCGACACUGGCAAGGAUGGCGACGCCGUCAUGACCUCAGAGGACCCACCGGUCCCGGCGGCCCCAGCUGCUGCCGCCCCAGCUGCUGCGGCAGAGAGGCCGCUCACCAACGGCCAUCCAUAACGAUUGAGUGACUAAUGGGGCGGGGCGGGGUACGGUACGGUACAUGCUGAUGCGUGUGGCGUGGCUGGCUGUACAGUUUGCUUAAGCUUGCAGUGUUAUUUUUUCUUUCCCGUGUGGCCUGGCUGUCUUUUCGCG